AUGUCUAGUACAGCUCAGGAUUCGCACUCCUGGAACGAGGAGGGUCGCCGAGCCGCUCUCGCGAAAAUUGAUAACUCGGCAUCCUACUCGCCUACCGCAGAGGAGCUCGAGUUCCUGAAGUGUCAGACUGGGAUCGAUGACGAAGAGAAGCUGAAAGCCCACGUUCAAGACGUUCAGCAGCGUGCUUUCGCCGUGUACCCAUACGUGUGCAUACAUCAGUUCAGAUUUACCAAGCCGAAGAUUGCGCAUCACUUCGCAUACCCGCGCCUGCUGGCGAUGCCUGCGUCACGCUCGCGUGCGAUCUUUCUUGAUGUGGGCUCCUUCUUUGGACAAGACAUCAGGAAGGCGAUCAUGGACGGUUACCCAGCGAAGGAUGCGAUUGCGUCGGACUUGCGGCAAGCUUUCUGGGAUGUUGGCCUCGAGUUGUUUCCUGCUUCCCAGCCCCCUCCCUUCGUACAAGCAGAUAUUCUCGAGCUGAGUCAGCAAACAUCUGCACCCAAACCAGUGUCGUCCGUGGACCUCGGCACAGUCACCAAUCUUGCUUCGUUACAUGGACAAGUCACGGUCAUCCAUGCAGCGGAGCUCUUCGACCUGUUCAAUUUCGAUCAACAGGAAGUUGUCGCUCGUGCUCUUGCUAGUUUGCUUAGCGACGAGCCAGGAAGCAUGAUAUUUGGGAUCCACUCGGGACAACCGGUGAAGAGGGCUGUCCAGAGGGUUAUCAGCGACACAGGCACUCAAUACUGCCAUGGACCGGAUAGCUGGCGUGCUCUCUGGAAAGGGAUCUACGGUGAAGGAGUGGUGGAGGUAGAGAGCAAAGUGAUAGAAAGACUGGAUGUUGUUUACGCCUUGGUUUCGGGAGACCAGGCGUACAAUCUUGUCUGGUGCGUUACGAGGCUGUAG